AGCAGGCUUGUACAUAAGUUUCCGUUUCCGACGUUUCACUGAAAACUUCCGUCGGUCUUUAACGCGGCCACGAUGGAUAUGGAAUACCUUGACGAUGAUGACGUCAUGUCGGACUACGAUGACGACGAUAACGAUCAGCUGGCGGAUUCCGACGAGGACGAGCUAGACAAAGACGAGGAACGAAUUCAGAAUCCGUCAACAAUUCGCAACCCGGACGGAACUUACCGCUGCCCGUUCUGCCCCGGGCAGAAGAAACAAGAUUAUAGAUUCAACGAAGUCACGAAGCAUGCAGAGGAUCAGGCGAAGGGGUCGUCGAGGAAAGGACCCAAGGAGCGCAGGAGGCACCAGAUGCUGCUGCAGCGGCUGAUGCGGGAGGAUCUGCAGCCUGACAAGCCCGUCCGCGUUAUAAAAGUUGAACCUCGCGAAACACCAAAGAUUGUGGAGGACCGCAUCCUCUGGCCGCCUGUGGCCAUAGUGAAGAACCUGCAGACGGGUCUCACAUAUGAUGCGAACCAGAAGAAAGAGAUUCUGGGCGGCGUCACUCGCGAGCAGAUUGAGAGCACGUUCAAGAGCUAUGGGCCCCGAAAAGUGGAGGUGCUUUAUAACUACAAGGGCCACACGGGGACGGCGCUGAUUCACUUUGAAGAGAACGCCAAGGGCUGGGAGGCGGCUUCGAAGCUGGACAAGACCUAUGCGCAGAGCGAGUUGGGGCGAGAGGGGUAUCUGAAGGGGAGGGGACGGGAGAAGGACGAGUGGUUCGCAUGGGCGGCCAGAGAGAGGGACCUGGAGGCGGAGGGCAAAAAGGGGCCCAUUGGGAGUGCGCUGCACAGGAAACACAAGGGAACGAAGAGCCUGGCGGAGGUGUUGGAGCAGCAAGACGCAGUGAAACGGCAGCAGGAGCGGGAGGAGAAGCGCGUGCAGGAGCGGGCUUUCAUGCGCCUCUCUGAAAAGCUGCAACGCACGGAGGACAAGCUUAAAGAGAUGGGAGAAUUCGGCCAUGGCCUUAAGGAGGAAACACGAGGAAGAGUUAGCGGAGGCACACGAGCGCACUCGAGCGAUGAUGGAGAGGAGGAUGAGGAAUCGAAUGAGGGAGGUGGAGCGAAUGGAGAGGGAAAUGGAGGCGCUGCAGCGCCAGCUGGUGGCGAGGAGCGCUAACGAGCAGGAGAUGCUGAAGGAACUAGCUUGGAAGAGAAAAGAUUGAAUUGAGUAGGGAGCCAAGAGGCUCUUUUUGUACAAAACAAGGAGCAAAGAAGAGUUGGAAGGGAAGCUCUCCUAUUGGCCAUAAAGUGGACCAAUGGGG